UCAGCGCAGGUAAGGGCGUCUCACUGACAGAGGGAGGGUUUUGGAGUCACGGCGCACCUGGAUUUGACAAAGGAUUGAAAGAGGCAAUAGAGGAGUAACGAAGGACUCGUUAGCGUGUGCGUAUGUUUUGCUUUCAAUUGUUGUAAAAACAAAAAAUAGGAAAGUUGUUGCUCAUUUCUCCCGGAGAGCUAUGGCUAGCUUAGGACUGGCUAUUAACGUGCCGAACACGGAGGAAAACGCCGUCUUUACCCAGCUGAAGCCCGUGAGGAUGUCGGGGGGGGACGGCAGUGAGGAGCCACCCGUGUUUGAGGAAGUCAAGCCGGCGGCGAGGAUCGCGGCGAGCCCCCUGGAGCUCGCGCAGGUGCGAUCGGAGCUGGAUAAAUACCUGCCCCACAGCGCCCCACCCCAGGUCCCCUCCGUGAUGGACAAGAAGUACCGGCGGGAGAGUGCCUCGGUGGUGGACGAGUACUUCUCCACGGAGAAGCCAGCUCCCUACAGCGUCAACAUCAACGUCAUCCUGCCAAACACCACACACCUGCGCACAGGCCUGUACCGCCCCACCAAGCCCAUAAAGACGGAACCCGGGGUCGACCCUCCCACCUCCAUGCAGACCCUCCCCGAGUUCACCUCGGUGUUCAGCGUCCCACAGACUGUCAAUAACCUCUUCAUCAAGCAGGACAUGUCUGCUGAUGACCUCCACAUUGGGCCCCAGCAGCCUCAGGUUUACCAGCUGCCUGUGGGCAGCAAUGACAUCACAAUGCCCCUGUCCGGCAGCCAGUCAGGGAGCAGCAGCGGCACGACCAUGCACACGCUCAACAGCGUCACCAUGACAACCGGAGUCGGUGGCACCAUCAAGUCCUUCCAGCAUCCCCUGAGGACCCAGGGUGGCUUUGUCAUGCCUGACCAGUUCUACCAGGCCCAGCCUCUGAGCCUUCCCCCCUCGCCCCCCAAUUCACAGCCUGGGAGCCCUGAAAACCAGGCAGAGCUCAUCAACACCAUCUCCCCGCCUCCCCCCUACCAACCCAGGCUCAAGAUGAUGCCGGGCCACUCCCAGAUGCACUCCCAGGUGGUGCUGGUGCCCCAGCACGGGCAAGGGAUCUUGAACGGGCCGCGGUACAAUCGCCGCAACAACCCCGAGCUGGAGAAGAGGAGGAUCCACCACUGUGACUUCCCAGGGUGCACCAAAGUUUACACCAAGAGCUCUCACUUGAAAGCACAUCAAAGGACACACACAGGGGAGAAGCCGUACCGCUGUAGCUGGGAGGGCUGCGACUGGCGGUUCGCGCGCUCGGACGAGCUGACGCGGCACUUCCGCAAGCACACGGGCGCCAAGCCCUUCAAGUGCCUGUCCUGCGGCCGCUGCUUCUCGCGCUCCGACCACCUGGCCCUGCACAUGAAGCGCCACCAGAACUAGGGGGCGCCACCCACCCCCCCCGUCUGACUGACUGACUCUUCCUCUGCAGCCCUCUUCCCCUGCUUUCAAAGUUGUUUUUUUCCCUUUUUUUUAUAAAUAUAUAUAAUAAGAUCAAAAUCUUCUGUACAUACAGAUUUAGAACGUGCUGCCAAGAAACAUAAGCGUAAGAAAGUGUGGCUCUUCCAGAUGGCAUUUGCAUGCUUAUAUAUCAGUACUAUACUUAUAUAUAUCGGUAAAUGCAUAUAAUUGUGUGUGUGUGUGUAUGUGUGCGUGCACAUUUGUAAAGAUGCAAGUUUGCAAAGAAUGUAUCUCGCUGUACUUGACUUCAGAUUUUUUACAGUUAACAGGAAGGUUUAAGGCAAUGACCAUUUAAUGAUAAUUUUAACAAUUAUUUAUUCCCACCUUCACGCCUGUGCCCUGUCUCUCUUCCGCACUAAAGCACGCAAACCGCACGAGCAUCUCGGCCAGGUCCCGAGAUCUCCUCCUCUCUCACCCCUGCAGUCCCCACCCUUCUCUAAAACGGUCGGGUCUUUUUGUUCUUCCAGUGCAACAGACAAAAUGGCUCCAGCCCCCCCUCCCCCCCCCCCCCCCAUUCUGGAACCUGUAUUGUGAGAAAAGCACAUCUGCGUGGCAUGGACAGAGCCCAGUCAGUCAGGUUUUUCAGGUCUCGUCUGCAGCGGAAGAAAAGACGUUAAUGGUCUGGAUUGGUUGAGUUAAGCUCAGCGCUAGCUCUGUCUGGUAUGUAAGACCUACGGUGGAGUUCAGAUUUGAUACAGAUCCCCGAGGGCUUCACUUUCACUUCACUGUUGUUCAAAAAUUCCAAAGCUCUCGAUGUGGAGAGAGAGAGAGGAGGGGAGUCUUGUCCACCCGUCUUUUGUUUAUUUAAAAAAACAUGGGAGCCAAUUUAGCAUCCGUAGCGGAGAGCUUAGAGAUUGAGGUCCAGGUUAUGGAGGGAGUUGUCUCCCACCAGGCGCAAGGGCACUCGGUCUGGCUCCCCAUUCGCGCUUGGGGAUGUGGGGGUGUCUCUCCCCCCCCGGAAGUGGCUUGGCUCUGGAACACCAGUGGGGACCGAAGGUCUGCUCUGGUGAAGAGUGUGGCAGGGGCUGUCCAUGCCUAGAAGGUGUAUCUCAGUCACUGUGGGGGUGGAAAACGAGCCAGGAGGACUCGGUGUGAUAGGGGAGCCACAGUCUGCACGUGUGCAACUGCUCCAGGGAUUUUUUUCUGGGACCGCAGGGGCCAGCUUUCCCCAGGCCUCCUGGAAAUCCAAGCGCUUCUAUGACCGAAUAUAGGCUUCUUAUUGGAUUGUCUCCUUCUUUUCCCGUUCUGUGUUGACACUGUGUGGACGGGCAGUGUGGCGCUCAAGCACUCUGUGGAAUAAUGUGCCCUGCAGGGGCCUGAGCUCAGCCUACUGAACAUCUCUCCGGCAACGUGGAGUUCUCACCUGGGGAUGGAAAACUGACGAUGUAGUUAGUGUCCUGCUCAAAUGGUUUUGUCUUAAAUACCUACAGGGCAAGUGGUUAAUUUCAGAUUGAGAGAUAUACUCAUCUGUCUCGGAUAGAUGCCACGAAAAUAGUUCAUUUGGAACGGGAAAAGUUUCUCCACCCCAGAGCUCACUCAUUGUCCCAAAGCGUGGUGCUGAACCCAGCACAGGUUGAGCAAUGUUAAGUUUGGGUGAGGACAAGGCUCUGCAGAUUCAUAGCACUUACUGGAUUAACAGGCUGUAAACAGCACAUCCCCAGGGACAGUUAAAACAGGGGAGCAGACAGUAAUGAAGUCUUUGCUUCCAGACAAAUUGCCUGUAUUUCUUUCUCACAGAUAAGAAGUUUGUUGACUUUCCAUGCUGUGUUGUCCACUGAGAGCCAGCUGCGCUCUGUUGAAGGUUUACUCUGGGCAGCAAUAGUGUAGGAGUGGAGAGUUCAGGUGCCACUGAGCUGCACAGCAGCUGGUGGCUAUUGCUCCCUUAUUUAGGUCAGUGACUGAUCUAAAUUGAGUAAUUGUUUAAUUGAAUGAGUUUAAUUGAUGAAUGUAACUUAAUUUGUCCAGCUGAGCCGUGCCACCUUAGGGCUUCAGCCACAGAGGUUUUUAAAUUGCCGUCUGUUGCCUGCAGGACUGUGGUUCUCUGGGACCUGGGAUCAUCUGUGGUCGGUUGGUCUUACUGGGGCUUGCUGUGUUGUCCGAGAGGGGAGCUGGCAUUCAUGUGGGCCGUCUCUCUCUGCCUCUGGAGCUGCAGCUUGAGGGCAGAUAAUAUGGGCAUGUCACUGGCUGUCUGCACAGAGGAUCUAAUGUUUGUCAGGGUAACAGAUGUGCCCGUGUGAUCAUUCUAGUGCAUGCCAACAUAAUGCACCCCAACUGCAAAUAGGAUCCUAAAUGCUACAUUAAAAAAAAAAAAUUCUAAUGCACAUCUCAUUUCUCUAUUGUUUGGUACCAGCACUAACUCCUAGAACCAGAGUACUGAGUCAGUAUUGCGACAACCAUGACAAACAAAGGCAGUUGUGUCCCCGAGUCUGCAAAUACAGCAAACUGACAUGUCUGCUCCAAGUGCCAAAGCAAUUCCUUAACCUGCUUGCAGGCUACCAGAGCAUGAGGCAGGUGUUUAAAGCAGGUCACCGAGCGCUUCGCUGGAGGAAGGCUUGCUCUACAGUAUUGUUGUUGCUCAGUGGAUCGGAGUACAAGUCCAGCGCAGCAUGACUGUGCACUCCUGCUGGCUAGGGAGUGUGACUGGGAGUCGAGCAUGAAGCUCGGCCAGCUCCUUGCAGGGUGCCUUUGCUCUGCAGCUCGGGUGGCGCUGACUAAGCCUCAGAAAAGUGUACAAAAAACACUUCUUUUUUUUUAACAUGAUUUUAGAACGUUCUUCAUCAGGGUUCCCAAAACCGUUAAACGGCGAUUCUUUGCAGAAGUCUUCCCUGUGGCUCGGCUACUCUGUUUCAAAAUGGGUGUAAAUAAUAAAAUGUGUUAAGGAAUGCCCUUUUAAAAGGGCAGCACUGUACUUGCCGGGAUACUGGCCCUGUCAAAGCUUUUUGCAGCUGUGGGGCAGCGCAGUAAUAUUCCAUUGUAAAGUUCUCAAAAUCUCCUGGAGGAGCUCCUGUUUCUCCAAGUGAGAAAUCUUCCCUGGGGAUUCUAAUUAGCUGAGGAAUCUUUUUUUUUUUAAAGAGUUUUCAACAUCUGAUCCGAUAGUGGUGGACGCACACCUGUCAUUUAAGAGGGCUGUUACACCUGUCUGGUUGGAUUGUGUUAAACACACUCCUAUUCCUUCCCUUUUAACACAGGAGCUAUCAAAGUCUCUGUAAAUAUUGUAGUUUUAGAUGAAGAAGAGAGAUGUAAAUAUUUUUUUCCCAUUUGAUGAACUAAUGUCAAUAUUGAACAAAAAAGGGGGAUUUUCUUUUAGUUUUUUGAAGGGUGGCAGAUUAUUUUUUAAACGUUUCUUAAAUUGAUACACGGUAUUAUGUAUUUUUGAUAAAUGAAAAACAAAUCAAGUUCUGUAAAAAUAAUUAUAUGGUGAACAACUUUUGUAUUUCUUUUUGAGACUGCAAAAUAAAAACUUGUAUAGAAAAAGUACAAUAAUAAAGUGUUUAUAGACUUCA